AUGUCCAAGGUAAUUGUAAGCUACAAGAAGAAGCAGAAUGAAUCGUUUUACCUGCGCUCAUGGAUAAAGCAUGAAAUCGAAAGCUUGAUGGCCAUACACUCCAGAUACCCAGUUUGGCCAAUUGUCAAGAGGUUCAUCCCACCGUGCAAAACGACAGUCCACACAUUAUUUAAUCGUCACAACUUACAAGAUGCGCGGCAUUUCGUCAAGGUUACGGGGUUUCACAAUGUGAAUAACUUCACAGUGUAUGGUUCAGUGCGUGAUGACUACUGCCAUCUUCUUAGUUGAGUUUACGCCCACCUGCGUAACAAAUUUCGAAAGACAUCACUCGAUACGAAUUACAUCGCAGACCGUCAAUACCAUAUUUCUGAUCGGUGAUGUGGCCCUCAAAUAUGUGCCAGUGAGCGAUAUCAGUGAUUCAGGGAAGUGGUCUUUCAACAUGGGCCUAGAUCCACGAAUUUCAGCGGUACCAAUACUGGUGGUCGGUCAAUGUCUCGCUUUUGAUUUGGAUCAGGUCGAAACCCGAUUCAAGUUUUCUUAUCUCUAUCAGCUCAAUUCGUUUGUCAACAUAUUUGCAUGA